AUGGCCCGUGAAAAGCGAGUACCACGCCAGGCCAUAAUGGCCAACACAGCCCCAGCACGCAGGGCUGCAUACAUGCAGUGUGUGCUGGACUGGGAGGCUGCAUGGGUUGCAAACCAGCGCCAGCAUCCCAGGGAGAGCUGUGCGGCGUGGGAAAGCCGCAACCCUCAGCCACAUGCACAGAGGGUGGAUCAUUGCAAGUCUCUCUGUGAGAUUCAUUUUUACCAGAAGUCAGAGAAUCUUAUAUUUCUCAAGACCAUCUUCACCUGCCUUGUUCAUGAAAUUGAUGAGAGAAAUCAUCAAUUUCAGUGUUCUGCUCUUGAUGUCAUUCAAGUGGCAGCAGAGUUCAUCCUGGCCACACUUUUUAAGUAUGAUGUUAAGACAAUGACUCAUCACAGCUGUGUUACUCUCACUGUGAGAGAUACACAGUUAGUGAUGAACAUUGUGAAGACUCUGAGAAGUGAGUAUUUUAGAGAUACUGCAGCUCUGUGA